UUGCUUGCCUUGUUUGCUUGGGCUGUUUGAUGAAGCUUUGCCUGAGGUGAAAAGUUUCAGUCUCAGCACACAAUGUAAGAGAAAUCGACCAGAUUGUUCGCAAAAAUCUUACCAGAAAUUAUACUGAAUACUUUCACAGGUAUCACAAGAGAACAUAUUUAAAAGUUUGUGAGGUUCAUAUAAAAAAUAAUGGUUGUAGGCGUUAAUAUGUUGCUUUAAACAUUAUACAAGAUGUAAGCUUAAAUCUUUCUUGAUUUCUCAUACAAUUUGCUGUGACUGAAACUUUGCCAAUCCUGUGAAGCUAUAUUUCGCACACGGGCCAUGCAGGCUAAUUAUGAGCAAAUUCCUGGUCCACCUCAGAUGCAGUACAGACCUCAACAACCCAUGCCAAGGGCAUUUACUCCUAUAUCAGGCUCUUCCCAGGGUCCUGGCCAUUUUGUUUUUACUCCUCAAAAAACAGGUUAUUCAGUGGGACAGCCAAGUCAUAUGUAUAUUCUUAGGGCUACUCCACCUCCCAUGAAUACAUCACAGCAGUACAGUCUUAGUCAAAAUUUUGAGCCACGUGCACGGGAGAGGAAAAUAAUUCAAAUAAAAGAUCCAAAUAGUAACAAAGAUGUGACACAGGAAAUUCUUAAGCCUCAACCAUCAGGAAGUGUAUCAGGAAGUGUAUCAGGAAUUGCAUCAGGAAGUACUGGGGGUACACCAACUAACACCCCAGAUAUAUCAGGACAGUCCAGUAGUUCAAGUACACCUCCACUAACAUCACAACAACAAGAUGUGCAAGCACAGUUUGCAGCGCAGGUAGCUGCAACUUUAUCUAGUGACACAAAUGAAAACUUUGAGCUAACCCUGGAGGGAUCUGUAGGAGAAGAAAUUAUGCUAAAAGCUCCUCAAUCAGAGAGUGCAGAAGUUGAGGAGAGGGUCAAUGGGCAUGAGGCUAAGGCUAAAACCGCAGGUGUUACAAAGAACUCUACUGAUGUUCAAGGAGCAGAGGCAUCCUUUCCAGACCUUGAUGAAAAGCCUAAAAAACAAGAUGGGGAAAGGCUCACAUAUGAAAGGGAUUUCUUGUUGCAGUUUCAGACCCAUCCAAUGUGUAUGUUGAAGCCUGAAGGUCUGCCUGAUUUAGAAAUUGUUCUUGGCCAAGCAAGAACUCCCUCCAGAUCACGAUUUUCUCAGAACAGGAUGCAACCCAAAGAUGGUGGUGAAAAUAUGUUUUUACCUGCAUACCUUAGGCAAAAUUCAAGACAACUGAAAAGAACAAAGAAAAGAUGAGUGUGACCAAGUGAAGCUGCAAAAUAUGACCUCAGUGAAGAACAGAUAAAGACUGAGAAGUGAUGAAAAUGUGACCUCAUCCAGUGGCACACCUCCAUUAGCUGAUUAGUAGAAAGUACUUCCCCUGGGACUAUACCAGCUGCUGCUUGCAAAAUUAAAAAAUGUAGAGCAAUUAUUGGUGGGGCUUUGUUAAUCAGUAAGUAAAAGGUGUUGAUAAUUUUAAAUGAUAUUGUGGAAUAAAAAUUCAACUUUUAUCUCAAA